CUUUAAGGUGUAAUAGGAGUCAAUUGGGUGCUAGCUCAAAAAAUAUAUAUUGGCAUACGUCUCGUCAACAAGAAGUACAACAUAACAAAUAUUUUCGGAGAUGUGAGAUAAUUAACUUAUCUGUAAUAUCACAUAGCUUUGGAAUCUUGACAUUAAGUACUUUCGAGGAAAAUAGGCAGGUUUCUAGAUUCGCGAUUGGUCGACAAUGUGCUGGGUGAGACCUUAUACAUUCAUCCAUUUAUUGCCUAGUGGGAUUCAUAUCUCCUCCUUUCUCUAAUAAAUCUGCCUUAACCACAGAGUUUUUAAACCCAUAGGGGCAACAUUGCGAGACUUUCGGGAAAGCUUGUGAAGCAGACCAGGCCGGGGUUUGAGUAGUCAAUGAGAGAAGUUUUAUAUUUUUUUAUUUGUCGAAAUCUAAAGGCACAAACUAGAUUCGAGCCAAUGUUUUAAGUAAUUGUACAUGUUAUUAGUCCAACCUGUUGAAAGUGAUAAACUGCACCUUUUCAUUUUCGUCAAACACUAUUUUAUAUUGGAUUGCCUUUGAUUUGAUGGCAUGCACAUGCGCAGUUUGGCGUUUGUCGACCGUUAGACCCGAUUACGUGUUUCUGCGCAUGAGUUUAGCUAGACAAAGUCUCCAUGACAUCGCCUACGAGCGUGAUCGUGGAUUUAUAAAGGAUAAGCAGUUUCUGUCUUUGCCUUAACUGUCAGCUCGCUCCGCCUUACGUACGUCCUGGGUAACAUCCGGGAAUAGGUUUCAGCGCGCAGUCUCAAAUCUUAUAACAUCUUUGUAAGCAAUUUGUUCUGUAUUUAAUUUCAAUUAUGCCACACGAGUCGCUUUAAUUAUCAAAAUACAAAUCGGCUCUGUAUGACGAUAAGAAGAAAAUGUUUCACGUAGAUUAAUUCCAAAAGGGGAAUCAUUUUUCUCCGGCAAAUCUUAUGCCAGCCUUUGAGCUGGGUCCUUGAACUGUUAACAGUCGCCUUUGAUUGCUUUCUCAGUGUUUCCGAGACAACGAGCUGUACAUAUAUUGGUCACUUUAACUGAUACUCGAGUGCAGAAUGGUAACGUGAGAAGGAAAACAUGAAAAAACAUCACAGAAAAAUAUUCAUCCUGAUAGUUUUUGUGUAUGUGGUGUUUUCCUUGUAUGCUGCAUACAAUGUAUUUUUUAAUACGAAGGUGAUCACCCGUGUCCACAGAGUGGUGAAGAAAAUUACAGUCGCAACCUCAGGUGGUGGUGUUGUGGCUCCUUACAUUGGGGAUGAUGUGUGGAACCCUUGGGAGGAUGAGCAGGCUAAUGCGCUUUCUGCUCUGCACAAACAGAGGGAGGCUUUCAGACAAUACCAGGAGCGCAUUGACAAGAACAGGCCCAAGAGAUACAAAGUUCAAAUCUGGGGGAAAGCGGCCAUAGGACUUUACCUUUGGGAACAUAUUUUAGAAGGUCCCCUCAGCCCCACUGACAUACAAGCACAGUGGAGAGAGGGGGAGAUACAGGUGGGAAAGAUAGAUUUCAGUUUCUACACAGGCCCAGCGGUGAUCCAAGGCCACGUUCCUCUGGACACAGACAGUGUGGUUCUGGUGCUGAACGGCCGGGAGCAGCAGAAGAUCUCCUACGCCACCCGGUGGCUGCAGCAUGUCCAGACCUUGAUGCAGUUCCACGCUGUGAAUCGUGUGGCUGUGGUUCUGCUGGGCAGCGAGCGCUGCACCAACGACUGGAUCAGCCCCUACCUGAGGAGGCACGGGGGCUUUGUGGACCUGCUCUUCCUGGUCUAUGACAGCCCCUGGGUCAACGACAAGGAUGUCUUCCAGUGGCCCCUUGGAGUAGCCACAUACAGGCAGUUUCCUGUGGUCAUGCCAAACUCUCAUAUGGUGAGCUCCACAAGGCCCUUCCUCUGUAACUUCCUGGGAACUGUCUACAAGAACUCCUCGAGGGAAGCACUCAUGGGGAUCUUGAAACAAACAGGACUGGACAAAGAGUGCAUCACUACAGGCAGAGAGAAGUGGCUUCCUCAGGAGACAGUGGAGAGUCUGAGACGGUACCAGACAGCCCUGGCCCAAAGCGAGCUCACCCUCUGCCCUGUGGGAAUCAACACGGAGUGCUACCGCAUCUACGAGGCCUGUGCCUACGGCUCCAUACCCGUGGUGGAAGACAUGGUGACCCCAGGUGGGUGCUCUGCUGCACGCAGCUCCCCACUGCGUCUCCUCAAAGCUGCAGGAGCCCCCUUCAUCUUUCUCAAAGACUGGAAGGAGCUUCCAGGCCUCCUGGAAAAGGAGAAGAUGAUGAGCCAGGAGGAAAGGACUGAGAGGAGGAGGAGACUGCUGGAGUGGUAUAGCAGUUUCCGCCAGCAGAUGAAGGACAGGUUCACCGAGGUCUUAGAGGAGACCUUCUUCAAAAACAGCUAAGUCUUUUUAAAGUUCAGAGUAAAACACAAAAUGGCACAUAAUUACGAGGUACAAUGUGGAUCUCAUUGGCAGUGUGUUUAAGGGAGAAAAGCCACAUUUUUGUGGGCUUAUGGCUCCAUUUUGUAAAGUUUCCACUGGUAGCUGACAACUGUCUCUCACAAGAUAAUGUUCAAACAAACCAUUUAUUUCAGGUUAUGGGUGAAUUAUAUUAGAAUGAGGUGGCUGUAAAUCUUGUUGUUCUUCAUAAUUUAUUUUACAUAGUUCAAGAUUUACAUGUAUUUAUGUUGUAACUUAAAAGAUUAGGGAUUUCAGUUACUCUUGAACUACUUGCUGAAUGCACACUCCAAAGCAACAUUUUAUUCGACCUUUCAGUAAGGCCCAGUUAUUGUAAUUUUUACCCGAGGAGGGUGGCGCUAUAGGAGGACAGGCUCGUUGUAAUGGCUGGAAUGGAAUGAAAUGAAUGGAACUGUAUGAAACACAGUAAACAUAUGGAAACCACAUGUUUGACGUUCCAUUUAUUCCAUUACAAUAAGCCCGUCCUCCUAUAGCUCCUUCCACCAGCCUCCUCUGAUAUCUUUCCCAUCUAGAUAUUUGUCGGGUGGAUAUCUCCUUUACAUUUAUCAUAGACCUGUCCUUGAACUAUGUAGGGCUUGUUAUUGUGACAGGAGUAGGUCUAUCUCCAGUGCAAUUGCAGUAAACCAUAACCUCAUGUUUUCAUGCUGUUAAUGCAUUAGAGCUUGAAAAAUGAUUAACACUGUUCCUGUAGCAUCUUGUUUUCUGUGAAAUGUUGUAAACUGUUUGUUGCUAUUAAAACGUGUAAUGUUUGUUAA